AUGUUUUCACUUGUCUGGCAGAUAUCAGAGAAGGAAGAAGAAGAAGAGGAGGAAGAAGAAGAUAAAGAAGGCGAAGAAGAGAAGGAAGAAGAAGAGGAAGGAAAAGAAGAAGGAGAAGAAGAAGAGAAGGAAGAAGAAGAAGAGAAGGAAGAAGAAGAAGAAAAGGAGGAGGAAGAAGAAGAGGAGGAAGAAGAAGAUGAAGAAGGCAAAGAAGAGAAACAAGAAAAGGAUGAAGAGAAGGAAGAAGGGAAGGAAGAGGAAGAGGAAGAGGAAGAAGAAGAGGAGAAAGAAGAAGAUGAAAAAGGCGAAGAAGAGAAACAAGAGAAGGAAUAA